CAUCCGAUGAUUAAUCUGAUAUUUGACAAGCUCGGAAGUGCUGCUCUUUUCAGCUGGAGCUGAGCUGUAAAGCAGGAGCUGCGAGCGCCUGAGCUGGCACUCAAGGCUGAAGAGGCAGGGAGCGUUUGGUCUGCUCGCUCCUGCCUCUUCCUUUAAGCUGCCUUGCUUUUUCCCAAACCAAUACUGCAAAAUCUGGAAACCCGGAAUGAAUGCGUCCCUAGCAGAGGAGAAGUAAGAAAGCUGGUGGUGUCGAAUGUCCCUUUUUUUUUUGGCAAGAAGGCCACAAUUAGCAUCCCAAAGCAUCAAGAUGCAGGAGACCAGAGGUUUCACUUAACACCUGCCUGGUCACUUCAUUUCCUUUUUGCUUUUUUCUGGCUGUGCUGGCAACUUUUUUUGUAUGGGAGGCCAAAAAAAAAAACCCACCCCGGUUAGAGUGACUUAAACUUUCGUUUCGACUGCGUGGUGGCUUGGCAGCUGGUUGGCAUGAAACACCGUCUCGGACAAUGUUGACUUUGGAAUGGGAAUCGGAGGGUCUGCAAACGGUGGGCAUUGUUGUGAUUAUCUUUGCCUCUCUCAAGCUGCUGCAUUUGCUUGGACUGAUAGAUUUCUCCGAAGCCACUUCGAAGGCCUGAAUGUAUUCAAUGAGUAACGCAAUCAUGAGCAACAAGCAUUUUUUGCAACACGAGAAAAUGCUGGAAACAGUUCAUCUGAUCCCUCUAGUUCCGAUUUUCUCUGCAAUCAUCCUUCUUCUAGCCACUGAAUAUGUUUUCCAUUCUAGGCAUCGUCGAAGAUGAAAUUGAAAUGGCCACCGUGCGACAUCGACCAGAAGCCCUGGAACUGUUGGAAGCCCAGAGCAAAUUCACAAAGAAGGAACUUCAGAUUCUCUAUCGGGGGUUCAAAAAUGAGUGUCCCAGUGGGGUUGUUAAUGAAGAGACCUUCAAAGAGAUUUACUCUCAGUUCUUCCCACAGGGAGAUUCUACAACGUAUGCACAUUUUCUGUUCAAUGCAUUUGACACAGAUCACAAUGGAUGUGUGAGUUUUGAGGAUUUCGUGAUGGGCCUUUCAAUUUUGCUCCGUGGGACGGUGCAGGAAAAACUCAACUGGGCUUUCAAUUUGUACGAUAUAAACAAAGACGGCUGUAUAACAAAAGAGGAAAUGCUUGAUAUAAUGAAGGCCAUCUAUGAUAUGAUGGGGAAAUGCACUUACCCUGUUCUUCGAGACGAUGCGCCAAAACAACACGUGGAAACAUUUUUCCAGAAAAUGGACAAGAACAAGGAUGGUGUAGUUACCAUAGAUGAAUUCAUUGAAAGCUGUCAAAAAGAUGAAAACAUAAUGCGUUCCAUGCAACUCUUUGAAAAUGUAAUUUAACCUCCAGCAGCUCUCCCUUCAAUCGGUGGACAAUAUGAACAAUUCUGCAGCAACACAGAUAGAAGAAGCGUUGCCACGUAGGAAUCAGAAUUGUCAGCUUUGCACUGAGAUGUCUAUAAUGCAAAUAAGCUUUGUUUAAUUAAAGCCCACCUUCGGAGACUGUAUUUUUCCACUAGUUGAGGUAAAGCGAAGUCAUUCAACAAUGCUCUUGUAGUCGUUUUUAAAAUGUCAUUUGAGUCAUAGAACAAUCCAAAGAAAACAGCAAUAGGGAAAGUGCAU